AUGUCGGCCUCACGAGCGCCCAAGCGCAGGAAAUUGGAGGACAGCACGACCAACAAUGAGGAUGCACACCAGAGUUCGCCGGCGACAAGACAUCCCCCUGCCACAGUCACUGCGAAUGGGGCACACCUCAGACACGCCAAGUCGUCCCCAGCGGUCAAGUCAGCGCGCAAUGGCCACAUCUCAGCGCCCAGCAAUGCGCCCUCGGCCAACGAUACGUGGAAAGAGGCCAAGGCAUUGCGGCAGCUGGAACGAGGGAAGAAGCUUCCUGCAACGACACGCGAAAGGCAAGACGUGGAUGUUUAUGAUGACAUUGAAGGCGCCAACGUCGGCCGGGAACCAUUUGGCAGGAUUGGGGGAAGACGCGCACCGUCACCAACACAACCUGCGAGCAAUUCUGCUGGUCCGAAGCUCGUGAGCAAGACGCCGGGCUUCUUCAAGCAGUUCCACCGGCCGCCAGCCCAGCCAACAACAACGACCGCCAUCAGCAACAACACGAAUGACGCGGCAGCAAAGACUACCGAUGGGGUUAGCACUCCUCGCGGGAGUUUGGUCAAAUCCAAAGAGAAGGAGGUCAUCAUUGAGGAGAGUGAGCAGGAAAGCGAGGACGACUUCGCAGAGGUCCAAAACAUAUCCCAACGUUCCACUGCUCGGCCUGCCCGGCAUCAAGAAGAGUCGCCAACACGAUCAGCGGCUACAGCAAGUCAUCCGAAGAAGCACACUUGGGUGUAUGGCAAGAAGAAGACCUUUGAGGAUGAAAUACGGGAGCUGGAAGAACAAGCUCGAAAGAAGGCUGAUGUCGAUGACAGUGAAGAUGAGCUGGCGUCGCAAUCCGAUGCUCGACGCUCGUCCAAGCGUCGACCCGUGCAGCGAGACAUCUUCAAGCCAGAUCAAGUGAAGAAGACGCAGAAGCCACUGGACAGACGAAAAGAUGAUCUUGAAAGUAUCAACGUCAGAUCAGUCACGGAACAUGACCCAGAGGACCGCAUGGAGAUCGACGAGUUUGACGAUGAGCAGUUGCAUGUUGUCAAACCCACUGCAAGUGCAAAGACCGCACCUUCCAAGGUUAUUACCACGCCCAAGAAAGCAACGAUACAGCAGCCAAAGCAGAAGACAGACACGGACCCAGCGCAUACUUUUCAACCCGAAAGACUGCGACAGAUUCAGACAGUGCUGCUUGAGAGAGCGACCAAGAACCGUGCACUCUCUUUGGCAAACCUGGACGACGAAUAUGCUAAAGUUUUCUCGGUCGUCAAUCAAACAGUAACAGCGGGCGAGAGCAACAGCAUGCUACUUAUCGGCGCAAGAGGAAGCGGCAAGACCGCCUUAAUCCACAGCAUCCUACGAGAACAGACUGCGAAACACCCAGACGACUUUCACGCGGUGCGCUUGAACGGCUUCUCACAUACAGACGACAAGAUUGCACUUCGCGAGAUAUGGCGACAGCUCGGCCGAGAGAUGGACCUCGAAGACGAUGAGGGUGAUUCGAAGAACUAUGCCGACACAAUGUCGAAACUGCUCGCGCUGCUGUCACAUCCGGCUGAGACGGGCAAUGAUCAGCCUGAGCAAGUCACCAGGAGUGUCAUCUUCGUGCUUGAUGAGUUCGAGCUGUUCGCCACGCACCCUCGCCAGACUCUACUCUACAAUUUGUUCGACAUUGCGCAGAGCCGGAAGGCGCCGAUCGCGGUCCUGGGCUUGACGACGAGGAUCGAUGUGGCCGAGAGUUUGGAGAAGCGCGUGAAGAGUCGUUUCAGUCAUCGAUACGUGCAUUUGAGUCUAGCGAAGAGCUUGCAAAGCUUCCAGCACGUCUGCGAGAGUGUCCUACGCAUCGCGCCGACAGAUCUCAGCUUGCCAGGAUCGAGUGCGGAUCAGCCCACGAACCUGACGAAAUGGAAUGAGUUGGUCGAAUCCAUCCUCGCAUCAGAGCCUUGCACUCGAUACCUCCGCCGCCUCUACGCCACAACCAAGUCAAUUCCUGACUUCCUUGCAACGCUCACACUGGCCGCCGCGAGCAUGCCCGUAACAACUGCAACCACUUCCUCAGACGUCUAUGACCACUUCGUCUCAUCAUUCGCACAGACAGCCCUACAACCACCCGACUCAAAGCUAUCACUCCUCCCCUCCUUGAGCACUCUACAACUCGCACUCCUCAUUUGCGCCGCCCGACUUACCAACAUCUACAACACCGAAGUCAUCUCCUUCGCACUGGCAUACGAGGAGUACAAAGUCUUGGCCAGCAAAGCUAAGCUGCAGGCCUCCGCAGCAGGAGCCGCGCAAGGUGCAGGGAGCAGAGUCUGGGGCAAAGAAGUGGCGAAGGGUGCUUGGGAAGAACUCGUCGAGAGUAGUCUUGUUAUGCAGGAAGGGAGAUCUGGUGGCAAAGAGGUUGCGAGGGUCGAUGUAGGUCUAGAAGAGAUUGGGAUGAGUGGCGUUGAGUUGGGAGCUUGGGGAAGGUGGUGUAGGGAGAUAUAG